UCGCAUCGUGGCGCGUGUAAUUAAUCUUUCUUCACUCUCCUUCUUCAUCAUCACUGAUAUGAACAGUCGUAAAAUCUUCUGGAAUACAAUUGAUUUUGAUCUAUUAGGUGUUUUGAGACGUCAAAAGAUAAACGCUUGAAGGAAUGUUCAAACGCGAAAACAGGAUGCUGAAGCAAAGAAAUAAUGCCCAGAGUAUACAAAUGCCUGUUAUUACUAUGUUUUUUGUUUUGAUUUGUGUUCUAGUUUGGGUUUUGUGUAGGGAAACUGGAGAAAAAUCUGAUUCGUUGUCUGGUUUAGUGAAGGAAAAUUUGAGUAGUUUUAGCUUUUCGGUUAAGUUAGACCCGACUGUGGAGUUCAGAAAUGAAACAGAUUUAAUAUGGCAAAUACCGGACUCACCCAAGGCAAUUCUGUUUCUGGCACAUGGUUGUAAUGGUAAAGCGGCGAACUUUUGGGACAGAUCACCUAAGUGUCCGAAUUGUGUGGGUUUACCUGAAGAAAGGCUUAUCGUCCUUAAUGCCUUAGCUAGGAGAUUUGCUGUUCUUGCGGUGUCUAGUGCUGGGAGGUGCUGGUCGAUCGAAGAGGAAAGGUUGAUCGUUAAAGAUAUUAUCGAAUGGUGGGUUGUGAAACAAAAGGUUCAAAGUCUGCCUAUUGUAGCUUUGGGUGCUUCAUCUGGUGGAUAUUUUGUUUCAGUCCUUGCAACUGAUUUAAGAUUCAGUAGCAUAACAAUAAUGAUUGCUGAGGGAGUGUUUGAUCGAAUGGACAUUCAGAAGAGUUACCCUCCUACUCUUUUUGUGCACAUGCCCAAAGAUAAAAGGAGAAGUGUGAGAAUAGCCAGAUACUUGACACUCCUGCAGGGUAAAGGCAUUGAUGUUGCAGAGGUCAAGUGCAUGGAGUUUGCAUUGUCACCUAAUCUAUUAUCUGAUAGGAUUCCUGGUCUUGAUCUAGCUACCUCUGUGAAGUUGUAUAGUCUGUUCCAGGAAAAGGAUUUUGUUGAUACAAAAGGUUUCAUGAGAAAUGACGGGCGUGCAAUACAAUGGAAGGAAGCUCUCAAAGAGAGAGAGAUUAUUCUCCCGGACAAGUCCAUAGCAAAUCACAUUCAAGAAGAAAUGAACCUUGCGUUUGCUUAUCAUGAAAUGACCAGUUUGCAGUCUGAGCAAAUCUUUAACUGGUUUGAAACUCAUAUGAGCUGAUCAGAUUCUUAUGCUGUGUAAUCUUCCUUGAGUCAUCAUGGGUGGAAUAUCGUUGCCACGGCUUUGGAUUGGGUGACAACAGAUCUCUAUACUGUUGUGUGCUCAUGUUAUUUCACGAGGUUGAAGUCCAAGUGGGAAUAACUGUGGUCACAUUGUGGUGAAAAAUAUUGUCUCGGCAUUCAAACUUCCUACAUGUGAAAAGGGCUGCCUACUGUUAUUAUUUGGAUUUUCCUUUUUUUAUAUCCAGAAAGGAGUGUAUAGUGAAACACUUAGGAACUAGGUCUACUUUCUUUUUUGAGAGGAAAGGAAUUGAAAUUAGGUCUAUUUUCUUGUGCUUAGGGAUUGAACUUUUCAAGUGGAAGUUCCUAUAACUUCUUGUUAUCUCAACAUUAAAGGAAACACAGCCUCUGUUCUUGAAGCGAUUGAAAUCAAACUAUUUAUCUCUGUUGUUCUAA